CGGAGCCCGGCCCGUGCCGCCGGCAGAGCCGCCUGCCCAGCGGCCGGGCUGGGAGGCGGCUGCUGACGGGGCCGCGGGACGGGGAGGGCGGUGUGCAGUCGCACGGCUGUAGGCAUUCUGUAAUACUACUUAGAAGAAUACGUGGAAUACACUAUUAAAAGAAGCAGUAGAGCAGCUUGACCUAUUACAGAACCAUGGUUCAACUAACAAUGGACAUGAUUGCUAAAAAUAGCAGUCACAAGUAUCGUAGUGAAGACGACUUUGGACAAUAUCUACAAAAAAUAACUCAUCUAAAUUUGUCAGAUAAAAACAUAGAUUCAAUUGGUGACCUCUCUUUCUGUAAAAAUCUGAGAGUUCUGUAUUUAUAUGAUAACCAUAUUAACCAAAUCCAGAACUUGGACUUUGCUUCAAAUAUAACGCACCUUUACCUCCAGAACAAUCGUAUUUCAAGCAUAGAAAAUCUCUCAUCACUGAAAAAACUUGAAAAGCUGUAUUUAGGAGGCAACUAUAUCACUGUAGUAGAGGGUUUGGAUAAAAUAGGAGAACUAAGGGAGCUACAUGUUGAAAGUCAACAUCUCCCUCUUGGUGAAAAACUUCUGUUUGAUCCAGUAUCUCUUAACUCCCUGGCAAAAUCUUUGUCUGUAUUGAAUAUCAGCAAUAACAACAUUGAUGAAUUAGAAGAACUGGCAGUUUUGGAAAAUCUUUCUUAUCUUAAAGCAGUGGACAAUCGACUUAAACAUAUGAAGGAUUUGGAGGUUGUGUUAAAAAAAUGGACAAAGCUACGCAGAAUAGAUCUUACAGGAAAUCCAAUCUGCCAAAAACCAAAGUACAAGGAUAGGAUUAUAGUACAGUCACUGACUUUAGAAUCCCUUGAUGGGAAAGAAAUUCAAGAAAUGGAAAGACGUUUCUUAAUGAAUUGGAAAGCCUCCAGAGCUGCCAGGAAAAAAAGCAAUGAAAGAAUGACAGAUGAACAUGCAGCCCAUGUACAAUCUUCUGACUCUGAAACACCUUAUCUCGCUCUUCCUUCUCACCACAGUGGCUCUGUGAAAGAAAAAGUAGAUUUUUUAGAUUUGGCUCACAAGAUGAAAGUUGAAAGAAAGCCUCUGCCAAGAAUCCGUGAGCGAAGAAGUCAGAUGAAAAGAAGUCAGGUUGAGGAAGAAUCUGAAGUAACGAAAGAAGUAGUUUGAAUUCUAAAAGCCAGAAGUUACAGGAUUUGAAGAUUUAGCCAUUAUCGAUUUUGUUUUUCUUCCUCAAAGCUUACAAAGAAAGAUACUCUCUUUGGA